UAUGAUAUCACACUUUCGCCAUUUUCUGGACAAAGCGCACCAAAUUACACCCAUUCUGGGCACAUUCCUCUCGUUAGAGGGAGAUCCGGACAUCGUAAAGGAUUCACAAUGACAAUCCUCCCCAAGAAGAAGCCUCAGCAGCAGUCUGGAGCGGCGGAGGUGGAGGCAGGAGAGGCUUCUUCGUCUGCGAGCCACCAACACCAGCUGCCAAUAGGAUCUUUGCCCAACCACAUACAGACUGGUGAAGCCACAAGGUAUCUAUCUUCUUCGUCACCUCCACCUUGUUGGCCACCCCCGCCCCCCUCAGCCACACCGAGGGAGGAGAAGCGGCCAUCUCAUGCGUCACCUACACACUUUGAGGAUUCACAUGAGAGUGGCCCAUCACACAGCAAGAGGAGAUACAGGGCAAGUCCUCUAAGGAGUGUGCGUCCCAAACACCGCGAUCACAGGGAGCACCGUGGAAAUGCCUCUCCCCCCUAUCCCAGCACAAGCAGCGGAUGGAGUGUGACCCAGGUCAACCACCAGCACCCACACCCACACCCUCACCCACACCCUCACCCUCACCCUCACCCACACCAACAUCCCUACCCACACCAACAUGCCCACGCCCAUUCCCACCCGAUCCCCAUGUCCACCAACAUCACACCAGCUCUACCUCCGGCACUUUCUCCUCAGGCUGGGCCGUCCCAGCCUCGUGAGGAAGAGGAGAAUGACCACAGCGGCUACAACAGUGGCGAUGAGUAUGAGCCGUUUGGGUGGAACCUCACAGCUGACCAGUGGGAGGAGAAGGAGAGGAGAUUUGAGAAGAAGAUGAAGAAGAAGGGGCUCAUGAUCAAGAAAAUGAGGGAGGAUGGAGCUUGCUUGUUCCGCGCUGUUGCUGAUCAGGUCUACGGAGACCAAGACAUGCAUGGUAAUGUACGUCAGCACUGCAUGGAUUAUAUUUCCAGAAAUGAAGAUGCGUUUGCCCCAUUUGUUUCGGAGAACUUCCAGACGUAUGUCCAAAGAAAAAGACGCGAUGACUGCUUUGGUAAUCAUAUUGAGUUGGCAGCCAUGUCCGAAAUGUAUAACCGCAUCAUUGAGGUCUAUUGUUAUAGUGUUGAGCCAAUCAAUAGUUUCCAAGGAUCCCUUCAGACAGACAACGAACCCAUCCGUUUGAGCUACCACAUGGGCACGCACUACAACAGCCUCGUGGACCCGUACAAAGCCACAAUAGGGGUGGGGCUCGGUCUCCCCGGCUUCCAGCCAGGCCUGGCCGAGAAGAACCUGCUGAAGGAAGCCACAAGACAGAGUGAGAAUGUGCAUUUAGAGCAGGCUAUGUUGGAGGACAAAAUUCGUGCUACUGACUUUGAAGCCACAAAUGAUGCCAUAGAAGAGCAAGUUGCCCACGAAAGUUAUCUUCAGUGGCUGAGAGAUAAUGAAAAGCGAAGUAAAAGUCAGAGACCCCCAUCAUCCCCCUCAAGCUCUGGCCAUAGUGAGAGGUGUCGGGGCAGGACCUCACCUCUCCACCCGGCCCCCCAGCCCGAGGGAUCCAGCGACACAGCCCGAAGCUCUCCCAGGUCUUCACCCCGCACCAGUGAGCUCGCCCGGCUGUCCCCACGGGGCUCCACGUCCCCCAUGGGCUCCACCUCCUCUCAUGGUUCUACCUCACCCAGAGGGUCGAGUUCACCCCGCGGGUCCACUAGUUCAAAGGACACAGCCAUGGAGUCGACCGAAGACCAGGCAGUACCGGGCUCCUCCAAGGACCCCAUGCCUUCGUCUUCAGGCUACUCAUGCAUGGGGGAGUUCAUGGUCAAUGAGAGGGCCUCUUUCCUCAACCUCCUCCCAUCAGACAUAUUCGGUUUGAGUGACUAUUCCAAUGCAGAGGCAGACAUCCUGGCCCAGGUCCUUGCAGCCAGCCAGCAGGAGUACUUAGACUCCCUGAAGUGCAAGACGAAAGAGGACAGCUCUGACUCCUCCUCCUCCUCGUAACCCUCAGUCUUUCUGUAGCAAAAUCUGCCAUUUUUUCAAAAUAUGCAUUCUUAGUCAUGACAGACCAAGUCAAAAAUCAUUUCAUGGCAACAAAAUUUUGCAACACAAGUUUGCCUUUGUAAUCAUGGAUAACCCAGCAUACUUAUACAUUUUUGUCUUAUUUACAAGAGUUGUGUGAAGAAAAAGGUAAAGAAGAAGAGAGGAAAAAAACAAUAUACAAGACAAAGCAGUUUGCAGAAGUUUAGUUUCCGCUGAAGCAUCUUUUGACAAAGUU